AUGGAGAUACCCCAUGGAUUCUACCAUGCUUCAUUAAGCAAAGUGUUCCAAGCCACGUAUAAAAGCAGUGGAAUCCAUCCCAUCUUCAGUCAGUUCAUCCUGAAAUACAGUACAACAAAACCUUCCAAAAUGGCCGCUAAGAUUUCAGCUGUGUUCACCAUUCUCAUCAUCUCAAUGGCAGUCCUCAUUCAAGCGAACCCAGCUAUUGUCACCGGUUAUGAUCAACUGGAGCUCUGUAUUGAGAACUGUGCCCAAUGCAAGAAGAUGCUGGGCGCCUGGUUCGAUGGACCACUUUGCGCUGAAUCCUGCAUCAAGUUCAAGGGAAAGCUAAUUCCUGACUGCGAAGAUUUUGCCUCUAUUGCGCCAUUUAUUAACAAACUUUGA